AUGUCUCAAGAUCUAUUGGCCGAAUUCGGGGAUUUCACCCUUAAAGAUGAUACCACUCAAAACUAUACCUCGACCCAAACACAAGCUUCUCCUUUGCAGUCAAACUACACUUCGAAUACACACCAAACACAAGUUUACAGUACUCAACCACCAAAUCCGGAUGAUAAUCCAUGGGAUGAUGACGAUGAUGAUUUUGGCGAUUUCGAGGAGCCAGAGCCAGAACCACAGCAGAAUAUCCAGACAUCUCAGCCAAAGACUCCUGCACCACCUGUGGAAGAGGUCAAGUCUGAUCCAAAGCCUGCUCCAAAACCUGCCCCACCGCCAGCAAAGAAGAGUUCAGGUCCGCCAGUCAUCUUGAAGAAAGCCACCAAGGCCAGUCAAUUAAAAAGCAAUCAUCCUUUCGCGGGACUUGCAGAUGUUCUGUUCGAUGCAGACGAGUACGACGAGUUUGAAGAUGCAGAUGUCGUUGGCUCGUGGGGCGAUGAUGACGAUUUUGGAGAUUUUGAGACGAGCGAGACGCCGGCUGUCAGCAGCAAGGCACCAAAGCCAUCGAUAGCAACGACCCAAUUGAGAACGGCCAGGCCACCGCCCUCAACCACUAUGGAUUUGCUAGGUCUGGAUGACCCAGCGGAGACAACAAGUAGGACAACCCAAUCGUCAGGCCCGGCAAGGACACAAAAGGCGGCAAUCCCGACUCCCAGGGCUCCAACCACGCGCCCCACAGCUAUACCUCGUCAAGAGUCCAUGUUAUCCAACGACGAUGCUUGGGACGACUUCGAGAUCUCACAACCUUCACAACCAUCACCGCAAACCAGUACACCAGAAGAAGCUCCACAGAUCCGAUUACCGGAAGACGUCUUGGGAGAUCUUACUGCUCUGCCUACAACCACGGGCGUGGCCCCAUCCAACAUCCCACCUCCCUCGGUUCUCUUGACAAUCUUCCCACCUGUCCUGACCUCUUUAGCCCACCAGUUCCUGCAUCCCCUAAGCAGUCUCCCAUCAUCCCAGAAAUCUCACUUCCUCUCCCUAACAGGGACAAAAACCUUCCUCGCCUCCUACGUAACCCUCACCCACAUUCUCGGCCACAUAAUCGCUGGCCGCAAAUCUCGCUGGAAGCGCGACAAACACUUGGCCCAGAGCAUGCGUAUCGGACCAGCCAUGUCAGGUCGCAGUGGCGGCAUGAAACUCACCGGCCUCGACAAAUCCGAAGCCGGGCGUGAAGACACUGAAGCCCAGGUUGUGCUGUCUGUAUGGCGCGAACAAGCAGGCAGACUCAAGACGGCAGUCACAGGCGCUUCGGUGCACGGAAGCAAACUCACCGUGCCAGAGUUGGGAGAUGCACUUCCCGUGCGCGUGGCCAAGGGAUCAGAGGGCGCUAUUACAAGUACGCAAGCCUGUGCGCUGUGUGGAUUGAAGCGAGAGGAGAGAGUGGCUAAAGUGGACGUCGCGGUUGAAGACAGCUUUGGCGAGUUUUGGGUGGAAGGCACGAACAUGCAUCGUUCCUGCCUGAGGUUCUGGGAGCUGUUCAAAACUCGGUUGAUGUCCAGAUAA